ACUUGAACCAGUAAAAGACUUGAUGGCACUUACAAAGAUAAAUGCCACCACUCCUUGCUUUUUGGUUGGCACUUCUGCUUAGGAGCUGCAUAUGACACUUCACCUAUGAUAUUUUACCCUUGACUUUGAGUUGCAAGAAGGUCUCUGAAGAUUUAUAUCAAAUGACGUCAAUGGCCAGCUUGUUUUCUUUUACUAGUCCAGCAGUAAAACGAUUAUUGGGCUGGAAACAAGGUGAUGAGGAAGAGAAAUGGGCAGAAAAGGCAGCUGAUGCUUUGGUGAAAAAGCUAAAAAAGAAAAAGGGUGCCAUGGAGGAACUAGAGAAAGCCUUGAGCAGUCCUGGACAACCAAGCAAAUGUGUCACUAUUCCUAGGUCUCUGGAUGGACGGCUGCAGGUUUCUCACAGGAAAGGUCUACCCCAUGUUAUAUAUUGUCGAGUUUGGCGCUGGCCUGAUUUGCAGAGUCACCAUGAGCUAAAACCAUUGGAUAUAUGUGAAUUUCCUUUUGGAUCUAAGCAAAAAGAAGUUUGUAUCAACCCAUACCACUAUAAGAGAGUGGAGAGUCCAGUCUUACCUCCAGUAUUAGUGCCUCGUCACAAUGAAUUCAAUCCACAGCAUAGUCUUCUGGUUCAGUUUAGGAACCUAAGCCACAAUGAGCCACAUAUGCCACAAAAUGCUACGUUUCCAGAUUCUUUCCACCAGCCCAACAACACUCCUUUUCCUUUGUCACCAAACAGCCCAUAUCCCCCUUCCCCUGCUAGCAGCACAUAUCCCAACUCCCCUGCAAGUUCUGGACCAGGAAGUCCAUUUCAGCUCCCAGCUGAUACUCCUCCUCCUGCUUAUAUGCCACCUGAUGAUCAGUUGGGUCAGGAUAAUUCCCAGCCUAUGGAUACAAGCAAUAUGAUUCCUCAGAUUAUGCCCAGUAUAUCUAGCAGAGAUGUUCAGCCUGUUGCCUAUGAAGAGCCCAAACAUUGGUGUUCAAUUGUCUACUAUGAGCUGAACAAUCGUGUUGGGGAAGCUUUUCAUGCAUCUUCUACCAGUGUAUUAGUAGAUGGAUUCACAGAUCCUUCAAAUAACAAAAGUCGAUUUUGCUUGGGGUUGUUGUCAAAUGUUAACCGUAAUUCAACGAUUGAAAACACUAGAAGACACAUUGGAAAAGGUGUUCAUCUGUACUAUGUUGGCGGGGAGGUAUAUGCGGAGUGCCUCAGUGACAGCAGCAUAUUUGUACAGAGUAGGAACUGCAACUUUCACCAUGGCUUUCAUCCUACUACCGUCUGUAAGAUUCCCAGCAGCUGUAGCCUCAAAAUUUUCAACAAUCAGGAAUUUGCACAGCUUCUGGCUCAGUCUGUCAACCAUGGGUUUGAGGCAGUGUAUGAGCUCACCAAAAUGUGCACCAUUCGAAUGAGUUUUGUCAAGGGCUGGGGAGCAGAAUAUCACCGACAGGAUGUUACCAGCACCCCAUGUUGGAUUGAGAUUCAUCUUCAUGGUCCUCUUCAAUGGCUGGAUAAAGUGCUCACUCAGAUGGGCUCCCCUCUUAACCCUAUAUCUUCUGUUUCAUAGUGCAGAAAUAUUCAUUUGUAUUAUUAGUGGACUUGUUUAAUUUUAGAAAAACUUUGAGUACAGAUACUGUGAGCUUACAUGGAAAACAGAUAAUUACAGUGUAUUUUUUUCCUACAUAAUUGUGACCAAUACAUUUGUAUUUUGUGAUGAAUCUACAUUUGUUUGUAUUCAUAUUCAUGUGAUUAACUUUUAAAAGUAUUGUGAAAGAUGCAGUUAGUAUUAUACCCCAGUUCAGGAGUUUGGGAUUAAUCUUAAACUGGAAUAUACUUUUUUUUUGCCCAUUGUCCCAUCAUCUUUUUUUUAUUUGUUAAAAAAACUUUUUAAACAAGUAUAUCAUGUGAAGAAAAAUGAUAAUAGUGUAUAAAAAGAUAUACCGUGGUCUUCUUUCCUACCCUUUAUCCUCCAGAUUCUGUACUUUCACUUGUUUCAUCGUCCUGCCAGCUU